AUGUAUAAGCUGAUGCUGGGGAAGUACACGGCGUUACUGAGCUGCCUGUUUUAUCAACAACGAACAGAGGCCGCUAGUGCACACUACUCGCUUAACUUGACGGGUAUCGCAUCGGGCACAGCGUACACGAUCACUAUGAACAUUGGCACAUUAAAUGGCUUGGGAUCUUCAAGAGGAAAGAAUACCUUUCGACUGAUCGCAGACACGGGCUCUUCGAAUGACGCAGUGAUUGGAUAUGGGUGUUGUGGUGAUGACGCUGAAGUGACGUACUCAUGUGAUGCAUCAUCGACCUGCAUUAAUAGUGGGGGUGGUGUGAUUACUUUAGCAUUUGCAGGAGCCAACAUAAGAGGAGAGUUUAUGACGGAUAUAUGGUCAUCUAGUGACAUUGGCAGUAUUUCCAAGACUUUCUUGGUCAUUGAGGAGCAAGACACGUUCUAUCGAUCCACAUACGACGGUAUUACUGGCUUGGCGUAUAAGGCUUUAGCAGCAUCGACGGGCGAAACUGUGUCGUCGUUAUAUAAUGUGUUGGUGAGUACGGGAAAGACAGAAGAUGCAUUUGGAAUGCUAUUGUGUGGCACGAUGCAGCCCAUGUUACAGACGGGAGGGACCAGUUUCUCGCGCCAUUCCGGCCAGUUGAUGAUUGGUGGCACGGAAGGCCCUAAUGGAGAGGUUUACUACAUGGGAGAUAUGUUGUACACUCCGAUUACAAGAGAAGCAUGGUAUGUUGUGACAGUAACGGACAUUGGAUAUAACGGUGCGAGUCUCGGACUUUCGUGUGAUAAGUACAACGAUCCACAGGCCAUUCUCGAUUCUGGCACAAGCAAUUUGGCGUUUCCGUCGGAUGUGUACAACGCUCUUAUGGACCAGAUCAAAGCGGCAACGUUGAAAGCUAUACCAGACUUUGACACCAGUUACUUUGACGACUCAACUUCGUGCUGUGACGAGGAUUACUGCGAUCCGACGUCGUCGAACGCUGCGUUGUUGCUGUUGCCUUCUAUUUACUUCACUCUUGGAAUGGAAUCGAGUGAUGGGUCCACUAAGAAGCACUUUGUUGUUGAGAUUCCGUCUGAGUACUACUGGCGACCUGAAAUGAAUGGCGCGAACUCUGAUACACCUUGUCGCGCAAUCGGCAUCUCCGAAGGAACUUCAACUGUUCUUGGCGACGUAUUUAUGGAUGGGCUAUACUCGUAUCACAAUCGAGCGGAUGGAAAAAUUGGUCUAGCCGUAGCUGACAACUGCCCAAAUAGCAUCAGCUCGAGCAAGAAAGUUUAUGCCUCCCGUGAUAGCGGUGAUUGGUGUUCGUGCUUCUCCAGUGCGCUAAAAAGGAGAAGUUCAUGGAGUACAUACAUUCCGUGGGGCCAUGGAUGUUUUUUCUUGCAAUGGUGGAUGUACGUGGUGAUUGCCAGCUUUGUGGUCGUGAUUGCCUUUGUCUGUGUAUUAAUUUGGUGGCAAAGAAUCAAUAAACGUAUGAAGAAACUACAAGACGAGUCACGCAGAACCGGCAGCAGCGGUGCCCGCACAGUUCGCUUUCCAACGAUGCAAUUGUCUGGCUCAGACACAAGACAAGCACUAUCACCUGCGUCCCCGUGUCAUAAUAACUACACAGCGCCUGCGUCAACACCAAAAAGAGCGUCUACUCGUUCUGGUGAGUCCAAUUUUGGGCGGAAGUCAAUGCAGUCGUCAAAAUCUCACAAUAGUCAGUCGGAGCAAAGGGGGAAGGAUGUACCAGUGAUGGCUGAGUCCAAAUAUCUCAGCAUGAACUCGCCUCUGUCACCAUUAUCUUCAAGGUCCAGUAUCGCGCUACUUUCGGAACCAAAUUCGUCAAUUAGCUCCGUCGAUAGCAGAAAACCGAUGUCAAAGCCAUUUUCCAAUAGCUCUCGUUACAAUUCGAGCUACAGUUCAAACUACAGCGAUCGAUGGGGUGCGUCGUUAAAAGAAGACGAGUUUUAG